AUGUAUCUGGUGUGUCUGUGUGUGUUGCAGGAGGGAUUUAUCCGCGUCGAUCAUGACUAUGUACUGAAAUCUGCAGAACUCGCCAAAGCAGGUGGUUGCACACACUUCCACCUGGAGUCAUCUAAAGGAGCGGACAAAACAAGCAGUUUCCUUUACCUAAAAACCAAGGGUCAGGUUGAAGCAGAGAUAGAGGAGCUGGGAUUCGAGCGAUACUCAGUCUACAGACCUGCAGUGCUCUUGGUAAACAGAGAGGAAAGCAGACCAGCUGAAUGGGUGGCACGCAAAUUUUUUGGAGCUUUCUCUUCCGUGUUUCCCACAGCUAUGUCCAUCCCCAUCUCUGCUGUGGCUCGAGCCAUGGUGACCAACACCCUCAUUAAGGGAGAGGGAAAAAAUGAGAUCCUUGAAAACAAAGCCAUUUAUAACCUUGGCAAGAUCGGGGACAAACAGUAAUCUGUGGAUUGUUCAAGUGUCAUGUAUCUGGGUGCUUUAAAUUUCUAAUCCAUAAAGGGAUGUUUUGUGAUUUGGUGAUAUUAUUUUCAGAGCAAAUUGCCUUGUGUAAAGGGACAUGUCAAAACAUAAGGGAUCUUUCUGUUCAUCUUUAAACUUUUCUUUAUUCACUUCCUGGUGCUCAGUCUGAUGUAUACUUGCAUUAUCAAACACGCAAAUGAAUGUAAUCCUCCACUAUUUAUUGUUGUAAUAAAUCAGUCACUUUAUUUUA